AUGGGUAUCAUUAUUAGCGUGCAGCAUAUCCUAGUGACGGUCCUCUUUGUGGGAAUACAAUACCUCAUCUCUAAAGUGGUCUACAAUAUCUUCUUUCACCCUUUGAGCCGAUUUCCAGGGCCAUUAGAACAUAGGAUAUCCCGAUUAGCAUAUUUAUGGCGGUCCGCUCGUGGUACCCUUCCCUUUGAUAUGUUGGAAAUGCACAAGCGGUACGGCGAUAUUGUUCGCAUUGCGCCAGACGAACUGGCUUUCUCACACCCAGAUGCGUGGCAAGAUAUCAUGGGCCAUAAGAAAGAGCGAUCUGAAUUCAGCAAAGCCAAUUGGUUCUAUCGGCCAGUUGAAGACCAAGCGACACAUGUGGUCAAUGAGAGCAGAGAGCAACACGGGCGUCUCCGUCGCCAGAUGGCGCACGGUUUCUCCGAGAAGGCAAUGAGAGACCAAGAGCCCUUGAUCCGCAGCUAUGUUGAUAUGCUGCUUGAUCGGCUGCAUGAGUUCUGCACGUCGGGUAGUCAGGUGAUCCUUUCCGAUUGGUACAACUACACUACCUUCGACAUCAUUGGAGACCUGGCAUUUGGUGAGCCAUUCGGCUGUCUACAGGGCUCUAACCUCGACGGAUGGAUCCAAGGAAUUUUCGAGGCCGGUCGACUCGGAAUCCUCUUGCAGACUCUAUCAUUUUUCCCACUCGUGAAACGAGCAUUAAUGUCAAUGGCACCUGCGUCAAUGAAAGCGGCCCACGCGAAACACCAGAAAUUGACUCAGCAAAAGAUGGAGCGUCGGAUGGAAAAGGAAGAAGGUCGAUCAGACUUGAUCGAGGGACUUUUGAGAAAGAAGGACGAAUUGAAUCUGACUGUUGAAGAACUGGUUGCAAAUGCUGAAAUCCUGAUCAUCGGCGGCUCGGAGACAACCGCCUCAUUAUUGAGUGGCGUAACCUACCUCCUCCUGAUGAAUCCAGGUGCCCAUGAGAAGCUGAAAGAAGAAGUGCGCACUGUGUUCCAAAGCCAAGAAGAGAUCAACCUGAUCUCUGUCAACAAGCUACCCUACAUGCUCGCAUGCCUUGACGAGGCAAUGCGCAUGUACCCACCCAUUGCCAACGGACUGCCCCGCCUAUCUCCUGAGGGCGGUGCUACUGUUUUGGGUGAAUAUAUCCCAACAAAUACUUUCGUAUCAAUUCAUCAAUGGGCACUCUACCGGCGUGAAGAGUAUUUCAAAGACCCCAACACAUACCACCCAGAGCGGUUCUUGGGCGAUCCCUCAUUCGCAGAUGACCGCCGAGAAGUGUGGCAGCCAUUCCACACUGGCCCACGGAACUGCCUUGGUAGAAAUCUUGCCUACAGUGAAAUGCGUUUGAUCCUCGCUCUGAUAAUCUUCAACUUCGACAUAGAAAUUGAUGAUGAGUCUCGUGAUUGGAUCAAUCAGAGAAACUUCCUCAUUACCGUUGCCCUUGUUUGGAGUAUGGGCGGCAAGAUCCUUCAUCCUGUUACCGUUGAAGCCAAACAACUAGGAGUCGAAGUCAAGCUUUCCGUUUCGCUCGCAGCAACACCUGCACUUCCCGGCCUCCUUACGGCUGUUUCAAAGAUGCACCUUGAUAAGACUGCCGCUGGCUACGCGACCAAACCUUUCUUAGAGCAGGCGUUCUUGCAACAGAUUGAUGAACAAGAAAAAAUCAAUCUAGCGAUUGAUGAGGAAGACCCUGUGACUCAAUAA